AUGACUCAGCGGGAUCUCGGAGGAAGCUCGGUCGGCACCUCACAUGAUAUCAAUGACGACGUGCAUUUAGGUACCAAGACGAGCUUGCCUGUCACUCUGUCUGUCCUGUUGUUUGUCACGCUCUUUUCUGUUCCUCUUGCUGGUCGUCGCAAUAUUCCCCAUCGUUUCAAUGCCAUGAAGUUUUGGCCGUCUGCAGUGCUAUCCGAUAUCACAUCACCCGCCAUGGACAGCUCAUCUGUUAUUGAUUUUUGCACAUCCUCCAAACUACUCUUACAAGGCCGUCCUUCCACCAUCCUUCGCAUCAUCACCACCACCACCACCACCAACCACAUUCUUCCUCUCGCAUCAUUGUUACCACCGCCGGUAGCGCUCCAAACCCAAGUUUAUGCGCGCCGCGGUGUGCGCCUGACACAGCAUCGCACCGCCUUUAGACCCACAACAACCGCUACCAUGCCCUCCUCACCCGCCGGCUCGACGGCCUUCUUUACCCUCGCCUUGCUCUCCAUCUCCGCCGCUGUCCUGCUCCUCCUCCGAUACUACCUCCCCCUCCGCACCACCCCCGCAUACGUGACCGUCCCCGUCUUCCUGACCGUUGUGCUCCCCGCGAGCAUCAUCCUGCUCGUUCCCAUCGACCUGGCCAGCAGCGCCGGCACCGACACCGACGGCAACCGCGGCAUAUGGCUCUCGGAGCGUGUCGUCUACAAGUCAUGGCGCGUCACCUACUGGCUCACAUUCUUCCUGACCUGGGCUGUCCUGCCGCUGUUGGGCGAGUACGUCGACAGUGGCUACCGGGAGCCCAUGGCCCGCUUUCUCUAUAGCCUGCGGAGCAAUGCUCGCUACUGGAUAGUGAUGCUGGCGUCGGGCACCGUCUACUUGAUCUACUUUGUGUGGAAUAAUGGCUUUCACUGGGACGUUCUCAAGUCGACUGCUAUGGCGUUGGCGUACGCCUGGGCUUUGGUGCUGGCUAUAUACCUUAUGGGUCACGGCUUGGUCGCUUUCCCUCGCAGCUUGUAUCGGUAUGCGAGCAUCAGCGGGAGACUGAAGAGGCUGCAGGCCCAUGCGCCCAAGAUCCACGACAAGUUGACCGAGAGCAUGGACAAGCUGGAUCAGUGCGAAUAUCAGGUCAUGCAGCUCAAGCAGCGAAAGAACGGCAUGACGCGCCCUUUCCAGGAGUGGGUGGACGAGCUGGCUGAGAAGAGCAGUCUGCCGGAGAACAGGGCGGGUAUGGUCGGAAACACGACGGCUGCUGCUACCGCGGUUCCGACUGUCAUCACCGAGCGCUAUCUCGCCGAUCUGACGAGACGGUUGAAGAGGGCACGUCACGCGAAACUGCGGUUCGAAGCCGAGUGGGAUCGUUUGGUCCACAAGGCCCUCAAGGCGCAGGCCAUUCUCGACUCCAAGGCGAGCCAGAGGUUGGAAUUCAGGAAUUCACAGUUCCAAACACAACGGGGGCCUUCGUUCAUACAUCGGCUGACGAUGCUCACUCCUUAUACGCGCUAUCACCUCCACGUGCACAUCAUCCCGACGCUGUGCUACACGGCGUGGGUCCUCACCUCUCUCGCUUCUCUAUCUGUGGUGUGGUCAGAGUGCAUUGGCAAGCUCGAGCCCAAACUGUCACUCAUCGGCCUCACCGUCGUCCACCACCCGGGCUCCCAUCGAAACCAGAUUGGCUUUGGCGGGCAGGUCACCGCUGCCGUCUGGCUGUGCUACAUGUGCACGUGCGCCUUCUUCUCGUUGACCGAGGUCAAGAUUUGGGGCAAUCGUGCCCUUGUGCGUCGAAACACUUACCAGGAAUCUGCCACGUGGUAUGCGCUGCAGUGCGCCAAGUUGACGGUCCCUCUUGCCUACAAUUUCUCGACGUUUAUGCCCCCCGUGCUGCUCCGCGCCACCAGCUUCUACAAGCUGCUGGGCCAGUACGUCAACUUUACGCCAGUCAUGGGCGGGUUCUCGGCCUUUUUCCCAACCCUGAUUCUCGUGCCCGUCCUUGCUACCGCGUUUGGACUGUACAAGAAAGCCAAGAACAUCAGCGGGUUCGGCGAUCUGCUCGAGGACGAGAGCGACGAGGCAGAGGACGCGGCCGGCACCGGUGGCUGGCGCGAAGGCCGCGCGCUGAUUGAGAGGGAAGUGCAGAGUGCCAGCGGCAACGUGCUGGGUCUUGCGCAGCGGGGAGGUUCUUCGGCGUCGUCUUCCUUGCUCGCCACCGACCGGUACUCUGAUGGUGCCCUCGGCGCGGGCGGUGCCGAGUCGAGCGGUGCCGCGGGCCGCGCGAGGCGGUUCGAACGCCGACGCCCGGCCGUCGACGACGACGAUGAGGAUUCGGGCAACUUUUUUGAGAAUUUCGGCGUCCGCGUCAAGAACACGUUUGAGACUGCUGAUUUCAGCUUCUCGAGGCCGCGGUGGCUGGGCGGUGACGACGACGACGACGACGACGGCAAUGGAACGGGUCGUCGUGGGGGAGGCGGUGGUGCAAGGAGAGAUCGGCCUGGGUUACGAAGGGGCAGUGGAGGCGCAGGUGGUGACGGUGGGGGUAGUAAUGGCAGUUUCUUGGGUCUGUUUGGUGGCCGACCUGAUGAAGGGAGGGUUCGAUUGUAGUUCUUUUUUUCUUUCCUACAGUCUUGUUCGUUUUGUAAGAUUAAGAUUGUCUUUGUCUCUUUUUCUUUUCUUAUAUGUGUAAU